AUGGUGGGCUGUUUAACAAAAUCGGAUAAUUACCUACUUAUAGUCACAAUAAACUACAUUAUCUUAUUUUGGGUGCCAUCAGUGGUAAUGUCUUUGAGUGCAGACCUGAUCUGCGACCGAAUACCCGGCUUAACCCCAAAGCAACUCCAGAUUUGUCACCGAAUGCCCCAAUCGUUGGCUAUAAUCAGUUCUGGAGUACGAAUGGCAACCAAUGAGUGUCAGCGACAGUUUCGGCACAAGAGGUGGAACUGUUCGGUCACUUCGGGACCCAAUCUCUUCACACAAGUCAUGUUCAGAGCAUCAGUUAUGUUCAAUGAGUACUUGCUCGUGGAGUUGAUCCACAGUGUAGACAAAUUUCAUACUGUAUUAAGUUCUAAACACAUGAUGAAUACAUACUCAUUGAAUGCCCCCAUAAUAGGCAGUCGUGAGGCUUCGUACUCCUAUGCCAUCCGAUCGGCUGGUGUUACGUAUGCCGUGAGUGAAGCCUGUAGUCGAGGGUCGGUCUCCUUCUGUGGCUGUCAUCGCAUCCACAGCACCGGUAGCUCAGAGUCAGCAUUGAAUCGCGUAACAAACGAUAGCUCAUGGAAGUGGUCGGGCUGUACGACCAAUGUUAGGUACGGCAUACAAAUGGCCCGCAGUUUUAUGGAUGAUAUGGAUAACGGAGUGGACAGGGAUGUCGGGCGUGCGCUCAUGAAUUUGCACAAUAAUAACGCCGGAAGGAAAUGCGUGAAAGACCUACUGAUCUCCCGGUGUAAGUGUCACGGAGUGAGCGGUUCGUGUACUGCGCGCACGUGUUGGCACGUAUUGCCCGCCUUUCAUACCGUCGGUGACCGACUGGUCAUGAAGUACAACAGCGCCCGACGGGUGGCCGUCCACUACCCUCAUCGGAAGGGUAGGUCUCGUAAGCACAGACACUAUGCACUAAAAGUGCGCCGAAUAACAGUUAACGAUCGCCGAUCGCACCGACAGUUUACGCCUAAGCCCCGGGAUUUAGUGUAUUUCGAUAAGUCAGUCAACUAUUGUGAUAAGAAUCCCUUAAUGGACUCCACGGGCACUCAGGGCCGGGCAUGUAAUAAGUCUAGUGAUGGGGACGGUAGCUGCGAGUCUAUGUGCUGCGGGAGGGGUUAUCUAACUAAUCAAUAUGUACGUACAUGGAAGUGUAGGUGCCGGUUCCAUUUUUGUUGUCAGGUCACUUGUACCCAGUGCUCCCAACCCUCCGAA